AUGGUAUAUUGGAUUUUGAAUGAAAGCCUAUCAGUCUUGUUAUUUGUACUGUGGUUGGGAAUUAAUGUAUAUUUGUUUAUUGACACCUACAUCUGGUAUGAAGAUGAUGAUGCCUAUCUUUAUACAAGGGUAAUGCUGGGUUCCACACUUGCCUGGGCAAGAGCUUCUGCCACUUGCCUCAACUUUAACUGCCUGCUAAUCCUCUUACCAGUCAGCAGGAACCUUGUUUCUUUCUUAAGGGGAACAAAUUUCUGUUGCAGAAGAAUACUCAGGAGACAACUAGACAAGAACAUCACAUUUCACAAGACUGUUGCUUAUGGAAUAGCUGUAAAUGCAACCAUUCAUAUCAUCGCCCAUUUGGUCAACAUUGAACAGUAUCAUUUUAGCCAAUCAAAACAAGCAGGAGAAUUAAGCAACAAAUUGUCUGGCAUUGGCAAAAACCCUAACGAAAGUUAUUUGAAUCCAGUCAGGAACUAUGACACAAAUACAAUGGGUGAAAUACUCACAACCAUUGCAGGAACAACUGGUCUCCUAAUUACUUUGUCAUUAAUUCUCAUCAUGACUUCAUCAACAGAGAUCAUUACACGAUCCUUCUAUGAAUUGUUCUGGUACACCCAUCACCUAUUCAUUGUUUUCUUCAUUGGCUUGGUUAUUCAUGGUACAGGACAGCUUAUCCGUGGUCAGACCACUCAGAGUCUGUUGCUGCACAAUAUCACAUAUUGCAAAGAUCACUGCUCGGAAUGGGGGAUCUCAGCUCAGUGUCCCUUACCACAGUUCUCUGGCAAUGACCCUGCGGCUUGGAAGUGGGUCCUGGGUCCUAUGGUAUUGUACAUCUGUGAAAGAACAAUUAGGUUUUGGAGAUUUCAACAACAGGUUGUCGUUACAAAGGUGGUGUCUCAUUCAUCGGGAGUUCUGGAGCUUCAUAUGAAAAAACAGGGUUUCAAAAUGGAGGCUGGCCAGUACAUCUUCCUCCAGUGCCCUGCUGUAUCCCAGCUGGAGUGGCACCCUUUCACUCUCACUUCAGCCCCUGAAGAUGACUUCUUUAGUGUACAUGUAAGGUCAGUUGGCGAUUGGACAGAAGCCCUUUUCAGAGCCUUUGGAGCAGAGGAAAAAACCUUCAAGGAGCUGUGGAAGCUGCCAAGGCUGGCUGUGGACGGGCCCUUUGGAGCUGCGGCAACAGACGUGUUUCAAUAUCAAAUCAGCGUAUGCAUUGCUGCAGGAAUUGGGGUCACUCCUUUUGCAUCCAUUCUGAAAUCAAUUUGGCAUAAGUGCUGUAAACUAAACACAGAACUGAGGCUGGAAAAGGUUUAUUUCUAUUGGAUUUGCCGAGAUCCAUCUGCCUUUGAGUGGUUUGCUGAUCUCCUGUGCUUGCUGGAAGCACAAAUGGCUCAGAAAGGGAAAGCCCAUUUUCUAAGCUAUCACAUAUUUCUUACCAGUUGGGAUGAAAGUCAGGCGACCCAUAUUGCAUUACAUUAUGAUGAAAAAGUGGAUGUAAUUACUGGCUUGAGACAGAAAACUUUCUAUGGAAGACCAAACUGGGAUGCUGAAUUCAAACACAUUGCAGAAAAUCAUCCCAGUGACAGCAUCGGUGUUUUCUUUUGUGGACCUGAAGCUAUUUCUCGAAAUCUUCAUAAAAUGUGCAACCGAUAUUCAUCUGCUGAUCCAAGAGGUGUUCAAUUUUGCUACAACAAAGAAAAUUUCUAG